AUGACAAGCCUUUCGAGGUUUAGUGGCUGCCCUCUCUCUUGCGUCAACCCCGGGGAGAGCAAUACUGAACCCAGCGUGGUGCUGCCACCUUUGGCAGGAGAGCACAUGGGACUCCCCACUGGCAGUUCCUUAAAACUCUGCCCCUCGCACAAUUUGCGAGACUACCCCGAGACGAGGUCCAGUGCAUAUGUUGACCAUUCGGUUCCCAAUUUUUCAGACUCUGGAUACCACAGCCACCGGUUAGAGCACAGCCCUAGGGGCAUUAUCAUUGGAGGCAAUCUUUCUGGAGCCGGCAUGCCACCCGUCACUGAUCAACUGGCAUCAAGAGCAAACCAACAUGGCGGGAUUGGAAGGUAUCGUGACUUCACUGGCUACAGAGACAACAGAAGCCAUGCUUUUUUCUCCAGUUAUCAGGAGCAGGCCCACACCUCCACCGACGCAUCUCGAGAUUUCGGCAGCCAGAUGAUGCUGAGUCUACCUGGGGACCUCCUCAGCCGGACUCACCCCUAUGGCCAAACUAUCAACCCCAAGGGAAACAGCCAGCAACUUGUCUCACAAUUCCUGGGUCUGUACAAACCCCUCAACAUGGCUAUUCAGCGUGGAGGAGGCGACGCUUUCCUCAGGUGCUCGACGCAAAUGGUGAAGCAUGAGCUCGUGUGCAAGUGGUGUGACGACCAAGAGGGGGCUGUGAAGCUGUCUUGCUCCAGAGCCUUCGGGACCAUGUAUGAACUUGUCACCCAUGUGACAGUGGAGCAUGUCGGAGGACCAGAUCACUCUGAAUAUGUCUGUCACUGGGAGAAUUGUGCGAGGGACAGGAAGCCGUUCAAAGCCAAAUACAAGCUGGUGAACCACGUCAGAGUCCACACAGGGGAAAAGCCCUUUCCCUGCCCCUUUCACGGCUGUGAGAAAGUUUUUGCACGAUCAGAGAAUCUUAAAAUCCACAAGAGGACUCACACAGGUGAAAAACCUUUUAAAUGUGAGUUCGACGGCUGCAACCGGAGGUUUGCGAACAGCAGCGACCGAAAGAAGCACUCUCACGUGCACUCCAGUGACAAACCCUACAUGUGCAAGGUCAGGGGCUGCGACAAGUGUUACACCCACCCGAGCUCCCUGCGAAAGCACAUGAAGCUCCACUGCAACAAGGCCCACGACGCCAAAAGCGAUGACGCGCGUCCCGGUGACGGGGGUCCCAUCGCGGAGGCCAGGUCAACCCGAGUGCCGGAUGGAGCCCACACCAGCCCUCCUCACCCGCCCACAUCGACUCAAGAUGUCCCCCUGUCCCCAGCGAGUCGAGACGAGUCGACCCCGAGGUCACGUUUCCAUCACACGUUUGAAAGCAGUUUGGACUACUCCACACACAGGUCACAGCCCCUGCUGGACCCUUUGUUGCUCCAGAGAGGCAGCUACAGGGCCCAGUCCUCCCAGUACCCCUGCGGCCAGACAGGUCACACUUUUGCCCAGAGCUCAAGGACUUUCCCCUCCACUUCUCCCUUUCAGAAAAGUAUUGUCAAUGGAUGGUACACAUGCCACAGCGGCGUGGACUCGUUCCCAAAGCAAUGUAACAACAUCCCGUCUCUUUGAGCUGCUGUUGGGACACAUGCGGCAGAGCAGCAUUCUUUUCGAGCAUGUUUUUCCACGUACACCUGUAUCUCUGCGACUCUUGUGUAUUUUCUAUGGAUGUUGUAUCAAAUAUUUCGUCAAGUCAUCCUAUUUGAAAUUGCGAAAUGUGCCGAGCUUUAUUUGUUGUUGUGAGGCCUGUUUGGUUGGGGUUGGCUUACAGCCCAUAGCCACAUGCACCCCACAGUGGGUUCUAGGAACUUCUACAAAGUGUAUAUGCCUAAUUGUUCGCUGUGUUGCGUGAUUAUUAAAGAUAUCUAUCUUAAGUGAGACGGAUUUUAUGGAAAUCUGCGUGUUGAGUCCUCUGAACUUACUGGAAAGUAAAAUGGGGACGUCUUGCUGAAUGUAGCCCUAAGUGUAGGGGUCUUUGUUGAAUGUAAACUAUAGCUGUAAUGUAUGUCGGGAAGGUAGAAACAUUAUUCAUGUCUUUAUGUAGCCUACGUCACAAUAUGACAUUUCAGAAAAAUCUCUUAAGUCAAGUUUGAAGCGCGAACAAGCCCACGCGUGAUGGGCCUGAAGCAGAUUCGUCUGUAAUUAAAAUACUGCGAGGCUCAGUAGGUUUUUUUCUCCCCUUGAUUAAGUUUCACUAUUCGCCCCAUUUUCAUAACACAUUCGUUUUCUUGUUGGUAUUAUGUAUAUUUCACAUUUCUGUGCAAAGUAAGACCAGUGUGAGCUCAAACCAUGGUGUUCGUGAUAUGAUGAAAACGUUUAAUUAGCAUACAGUUCUACUGUACAUAAGCCUACUGUAUACUUAAUUAUGUAUUCUAUAUUUUAUUAAAGUGUCUAUAUUCUCUUUGAUCAGGCAUGUGUGGUUAAACCCAAUCAAUGCAUUUUCAUCACUUUUUAAAAUUGUAUUUCUAAUUAUAUCUUUUUUUAAUGGCUCACGACACAUCUGCAGGUUUGCAAUUUUGUGCAAUAAUGCACCGCCUGGUUACGGCGGCAAUGUCUCACGUGCAUAUUUCGUGUUAUAUAAGUCAGGAACUGGGCAGGACUUUAUUACAUUGGUUUGACCGAGCUAAAUCUUCUAAGAAGUGAACAGUAACGUAACAUUUUUUCGAUUAUUAUUAUUAUUAUUAGUCGAAUCUGGCAAAAAUAAAUAAAUGUGAUGGUCAAAAACCAAACGGCCCUCUCAACUAAAUAGCGCCCAGUUUUUCAUCCAUAUUUUAGUUUUCUUAACUGCGUCAUGAGCGUUUUGUGGCACACAGGUGUAUUUGCCUCAAGGUCACGCGCAUUCUGUCUUUCAAUAAGGCGCGUUCUCUUGUGCCGUUUGCUUCCACUUCAAGACAAUUUAGCUGAUUUCAGAUCCUAUUCAUCAAUUUUUAAAAAAUAUUUUCAUUCGAUUCCUGUCGCUCUCUGUCUUUCUGUCACUCACUCAAGCACACGCACACAAUCGCGCGCACACACACACACACACACACACACUCACCUUGAAGGUAAGAAAGCCGCAAACACAAAUGUGUCGCGUGUAGCCUCAACAUAUUGUAUUGUAUUCAAAUAAAUAAACACACCAUUUUUACCACUAUCAUUAUUAUAUUCAUGCUCUAAAGAGACAACUUUCAUUUAAGGCGAAUGCAUUCAAAUAAUUUGAAGAUCCCCACUUUGUGUCUGAACUGAUAUUUUCGGGAUUUCUCUGCUAAAAAUCCCAAUUUGUCACAUGUAUGUGGUGUUCUAUUUCAUUUUGCCCUUUCUAAAAGUUGGGAAAACACACAGUGAACUGUUUGCUUCACUCCACACUUUCAAUAACAUAUUUGUUCAUGUUUGCUUGUUUAUUGUAUACCUUCUGGGAUGUGCAUUUUAACAAACACCUCAUUAUUUUAGAGAAAUAAGCUGUGCAGAUUUCGUGUUCAAGCCUGUCUUUUUUUUCUCUGCAGAGCUUGAAUCCAGUCUCACUAUUAGUCCUGCAGAGCUAAAGUCCUCUGCAGCGAGUUAUUAUUACCAUACAUCAUAAAAGGGUGAGUGAGUGAAAACUGAGUGACCAGGUUGCAGUACAUGUUGUUGUUAAAGAUGAUGUACACAGUGAGAGUCUCUUGUAUUCCCGCAUUAGAAAGUACUGCAAUAGCUUAAUUAUUGUGGAGGUCAGAUGGGUCACAAUUAUGUUAAAUACAGUAAUAAAAAAAACUCUGCUCCGCUGCCACUAGCAAAGCUUUAUACUGUGUACCUGUAUGUAUGGAUGUCAGCAUUUUAUACCAUUAAACAUACAAAUGGUGACUGCCUCU